GUAUGGUGCUCCGUUGCUGCCAUCCCCACUGCUGUCUAGACGGCUGGACUAUGCGGCCACGAUUCCUUUGCCACCUGUAUAGUCACAUGCGGUGGCCCCGCCAUGUCCUGCUGGAGGCGGUUCUCUUCCAGGAGAUCGCAGCGACGCUUUGCGUUCUCCACCCGUUUCAUGUCGACGAGGCGGCGGGUUCGUUUGCGGUGCCGCCUCAGGCUCCCUUUGUCGCUCCAGAUUCCACAGCUCCGUUUGACGAUGCGGAUAGCUCAGCGGCAGUCGGCGGCACGCCGUGUUCGGGCGGCAACAGCAUCGUUCGAAUUUGUGUGCGGGACGCGUGUCAGAGACGGCUGUACGCUCUCCAUGACGCCAUGGCCGAUCUGGGUGACCAGCGCGGACCGAUCAGCGACGUUAUUGAUCGGCUGUUGCACUGGUCCUUGCCAGCUAUCCGAGCGGAGUUUGAAGACGAGGGGUUGAAGAUCCGGUGCGUUGUCUCGGAUGAUUGUGCGGCGCUGGGACCGAAGUUGCGAGCUAUGAACAUCGAGUGGCAGAAGGAUUGCCACCACAAAAUAAAAAACAUUCGAAAGCACUUCCACAGUAUGCUGCAACUGAAGGAAGCGAAGAAAAUGAGCAGCCCGCACGACUGUAUAUCAGAGGCGCAGUUCAUGCAGUUCACAAAGAAGCGGCUAAAGGAAACGUUGGAGCAGAGUUUUGGACCUGACGUCCUCACACCUGCUGAGGAGCGGCUGAAGAACUCGGACUUCGUCGUUGUCGUCAUGCGAAAGAUGUACCCCUACGGAUCGAGGUUGAAUCCUCGAGCGUUGGAGACUGAUCCAGACGGCUUGACAGAGUAUCAUGCGCAUGAGGUUGGAAUGUGGUUCCUCCGCACUUGCCAGCUGUGCAUGGACGAGGGCGGAGACGCCGACAGUCUACACCGCAACAUCAUGUUGGUCGCCGAUCAUUGGGCUGGUGAUCAUUCAGGAUGUGUGGACGGUAGGGAGGUUCUCUGCGAGAAGGACGGUGGGCGUGCACGAUCGCCUUUGUGUAGCCGCACGGACACGGUCUACGAGCUCGUUCUGCGUGUUCUCGAUAAACAAUGCAGAACUAACAUCACGUCGUACUACGUCGAGUUUCGACACACAUCAGCGGUGGAGACUUUUCAGGGCACCAUCAUUAUCUAUGCGAAGAAGUCGGUGCAUUUCGAGAAGUCUUUCUGUGCACAUUUGUCGAUCGCAGUGAUUCGUUGGAACAGUCACUGCUGGCGCGACCCGGUCGGGUAUGUUGCUCGCAUUGCUGCGGGCACUUCCAUACGUGCGAGACCAGGCUUCCGUCGACACUACGGUCACGAGGCGAUCGACUGUUGGGAGGACAGAUUGGCGGCGUCAGUGUUCGGUUCGGCUCAUGUUUCGGAUUGGGCUCGAGAGCUUUUGCGGCAUGACGUUUGUCCUUAUGAAGCCGGGUCAUUGCCGCGUGAUUUGUUCGUCAAAGGUGAGGGCGACCCAGGGGAAGUCGUUGAUGAUGCUGCCUCGGAUUCCGACCAUGAGGCCGUGGGGGAGAACAGUGUUUUCAUCAUCAGUCACGUGGAGGAUGAUGCGGUGCCUGCAUGUGAUGAUUGGGUCCAGACAUCGAGCUUCGAAUCUGAGGGUGACGAUAUAGAGUUGUUCAGCGUUUGACUGGUUGAAUGGCUUUAUCGUUGACCUGACAUCGGUGUGGUCAUCCGAAUUUCAUUGUGCAUGGCGUU